AUGUCCAGCAAAGGAAAAGACAUAGCAGAGGGAUCAUCAAGAUCGUCUUUAGUUGCUGCUGCAUCUGAUCAUCGUCAUCAUCAUCAACAACAGCAACAACAGCAACAACAACCUCUGAGCAGGUAUGAAUCUCAAAAGAGGAGGGAUUGGAACACUUUUGGACAGUACUUGAGGAACCAAAGGCCUCCUGUGGCACUUUCACAGUGCAGUUCCAACCAGGUGCUUGAUUUCCUAAGGUACUUGGACCAAUUUGGGAAAACAAAAGUGCAUGUGCAAGGUUGUCUCUUCUUUGGUCAAGUUGAGCCCCUUGGUCCUUGCACUUGCCCCCUUAAACAAGCUUGGGGAAGUCUUGAUGCUCUCAUUGGAAGGCUAAGAGCUGCAUAUGAAGAAAAUGGAGGCUUACCUGAGACUAACCCAUUUGCUAGUGGUGCCAUAAGAGUUUAUCUUCAUGAGGUUCGAGAUUCUCAAGCAAAGGCAAGAGGGAUCCCUUAUAAGAAGAAAAAGAAGAAGAGGAAUCUCAUCAAGGCCAACGGGGAUAGCUCAAACUUACCUUUUCACCAGUAA